GCAGGCCCGUCAGUCGCUCUGCCGACGUCAGUCAGUCAACAUCAGAUAACUUCCCACCGAUUUGUUUUGAUUGUUCGGACGUGUAACGGUCGUGUGACGUGUAUGUUGGACAAACUAGUGUUGUAAUUUUACUGUGUUAAUAUUUUAAAUACUGUAACAAUAAGCAAGAUGAAUGAUGAAAAAUUGAUAGAAUGUGUUCGCCAAAACCUUGUUUUGUAUGAUGUGUCUAACCCCAAGUAUAUGGACUCGUCGGCGAAAAAUGAAAUUUGGGAGAUGAUAGGUGUUGAAAUGAAUUUAGAUGGAGGAACAUGCAAAGCCAGGUGGAAUAACAUUAGAGACACCUACAGGAAAUCCUUGAAAAGAACUGCAGCGAAAAGUGGAAAAGGAGCAAAGAAGAUUAAACUGUACAAGUAUUCCAACCAACUAAGCUUCCUGCAAAAGUAUUUGGAUGAAACUUUUAGUAAUAUUGAAAACCAAACUGGUGAUACACUGGAGGAGGAGCUAGAUGAGUUUUACGCAGGCAAUAUUUGUGAUGUCUACACCGAAGAGAAUUUGGAGAAUGAAACUAUCAAGGAACGAGUUCAAAAACCUACCACCCAGAUCAACAAAAAUACUAUUUCAAAAUUUAGAUUCCCGUCAAGCCCUUGUGUGAAGGCCGUGAAGAAAAUCACGAAAACCAACACAAAUGAAGAAAAUGUGUCUUUAAAAUUGAUGGACUUUCUUACCAAAUAUAAACAAAAUCCAAAGCCGGCGGAGCAUCCAGUCGACGCCUUCUUAAGUGCAAUGGCACCAUCACUGAAAACUUUCUCACAGUAUAAUUGGCAUCUGGCCAAAUCAGAAAUAUUUAGCGUAGUUCAAAAAUACGAACUUAAAACAAUUACAGGACAGCUACAACCUGAUGACAUUUCCAGCAGUCCAACCAAUCCCCGAAGCUCUGCAACCCCCCCACUCUCUUCAUCAGUGCCACCACAUUCUACUUGAACAUUUCUAUGGCCGUUCAUAGUUAAAUAGUUCUUUUUGAAUUGCCUGUACCAUCUUAAAGAAAA